AUGGGCCCGGGCCGCGCGCGCCUCUGGUUGCUGGUGGUCCUGGGCGCCGGCUGCGCGGGCUGGGGGCGCCUGCGGGCCGACGCGGCGCGGCUGCGGCAGUUCUACGUGGCGGCGCAGGGCCUCAGCUGGAGCUACCGCCCGGAGCCCGCAAGCCGGAGUUCGAAUCCUUUUGCAGCUUCCUUUAAGAAAAUUGUCUACAGAGAGUAUGAACCAUAUUUUCAGAAAGAAAAACCACGAUCCAAAAUUUCAGGACUUCUUGGACCUACUUUAUAUGCUGAAGUUGGAGACAUUAUGAAAGUUCACUUCAAGAAUAAGGCAGACAAGCCCUUGAGCAUCCACCCUCAAGGAAUUAAAUACAGUAAAUUCUCAGAAGGUGCUUCUUACUCUGACUACACAUUCCCUGUGGAAAAGCUGGAUGAUGUUAUAGCUCCAGGCCAGGAAUAUACCUAUGAGUGGAAUAUCACUGAGGACAGCGGGCCCACACACAAUGACCCUCCGUGCCUCACACACAUCUAUUACUCCUAUGAAAAUUUGGUACAGGACUUCAACUCUGGGCUAAUUGGACCUCUGCUUAUUUGUAAGAAAGGCACCCUAACUGAGGAUGGGAUUCAGAAGAUGUUUGACAAACAGCAUGUGCUGAUGUUUGCUGUGUUUGAUGAAAGCAAGAGCUGGAGCCAGUCAUCAUCUUUAAUGUACACAGUCAAUGGUUACGUGAAUGGGACAAUGCCAGAUAUCACCGUUUGUGCCCAUGACCAUGUUAGCUGGCAUCUGAUUGGAAUGAGCUCUGGGCCAGAACUGUUCUCCAUUCACUUCAACGGCCAGGUCUUGGAGCAGAAUCAUCAUAAGAUCUCAGCCAUCUCCCUUGUCAGUGCUACGUCUACUACCGCGAACAUGACUAUGAGCCCAAAGGGAAAGUGGAUCAUAUCUUCUCUUGUCCCAAGACAUUUUCAAGCGGGGAUGCAGGCUUAUAUAGACAUUGAAAACUGUGCAAAGAAAACCAGGAAUCCUAAGAAACUAACUCGUGACCAGAGGCGGCACAUUAAGAGAUGGGAAUACUUCAUUGCUGCAGAGGAAGUCAUUUGGGACUAUGCACCUAUAAUACCAGCGAACAUGGACAAAAAAUACAGAUCUCUGCAUUUGGAUAAUUUCUCAAACCAAAUCGGAAAACAAUAUAAGAAAGUUGUCUACAAACAGUACCAAGAUGAGUCUUUCACCAAACGCAUGGAGAAUGUCAACAUCAAAGAAGAUGGGAUCUUGGGCCCUAUUAUCCGAGCCCAGGUCAGAGACACACUCAAAAUCGUGUUCAAAAAUAUGGCCAGCCGUGUCUACAGCAUUUACCCUCAUGGAGUGACCUUCUCUCCUUAUGAAGAUGAAGUCAACUCUUCCUUCACUUCAGGCAACAACACAAUGAUCAGAGCAGUUCAACCAGGGGAAACCUAUACUUAUAAGUGGAACAUCCUAGAGUCAGAUGAACCAACAGAAAAUGAUGCCCAGUGCUUAACAAGACCAUAUUACAGUAAUGUGGACAUCACAAGGGACAUUGCCUCUGGGCUGAUUGGGCUACUUCUGAUUUGUAAAAGCAGAUCCCUGGAUAAACGAGGCAUACAGAGGGCAGCAGACAUAGAGCAGCUGGCUGUGUUUGCUGUAUUUGAUGAGAACAAGAGCUGGUACAUUGAAGACAAUAUCAACAAGUUCUGUGAAAAUCCUGAUAAGGUGAAACGUGAUGACCCCAAGUUUUAUGAAUCAAAUGUCAUGAGCACUAUCAAUGGCUAUGUGCCCGAGAGUAUCCCCACACUAGGAUUCUGCUUCGAUGACACUGUCCAGUGGCACUUCUGCAGCCUAGGGAUCCAGGAUGACGUUUUGACCAUUCACUUCACUGGGCACUCAUUCAUCUAUGGAAAGAGACAUGAGGACACCUUGACGCUCUUCCCCAUGCGUGGGGAAUCUGUGACCGUCACAAUGGAUAAUGUUGGAACUUGGGUGUUAACUACAGUGAAUUCCAAUCCAAGAAACAAGAACCUAAGGCUGCGAUUCAGGGAUGUUAAGUGUAUCCGGGAUGAGGAUGAAGACUCAUAUGAGAUUAUAUAUGAACUUCCGGCAUCUACAGGCAUGACUACACGGAAAAUGCGUGAUUCUUCAGAAAACAGAGGUGAAGAGCAUGAUGCUGACUAUGAUUAUCAGGAAAACCUGGCUUUAUGGUUAGGACUUAGGUCAUUCAGAAAUUCAUCAUUGAAUCAGGAAGAAGAUGAGUUUAAUCUUACUGCCUUAGCUCUGGAGAACUACUCGGAAUUCAUCCCUUCAAUUAAUGAUACAGCUGUUAGUUCAAAUUCUUCUUUCUUAAGUAGCAUUAGCAGGCUUAUUGCCCAUAAGUUUGCAGGACCUCAAAAAACUCUUCCUCGCCCAGAAGCCACCACAGCUGGUACCCCCUUGGAACAUGUUGGCUUAGACAAGAAUUCAGUUCUCAACUCUUCCACAGCAGAGCAUUCCAGCCCUUAUUCUGAAGAUUCCAUGGAGGAUCCUCUCCCAGCAGAUAUCACUGGGAUAAGUCUACUUCCACUCGAUGCAGAAGACUUCAGGAGUCAAGAACAUGCGAAGCAUAAGGGACCCAAGAAAGGAAGCGACCACGCAACAAAGCACAGGAUCUCCCAGGUGGCACUUUCAGCGCAUAAAGCUGGGAGACAUUUAAGCCAAGACAACUCUUCUCCUUCCAGAACGGGACCCUGGGAAGAACUUCCCAGUGAUCUGUUACUCUUAAAACAAAAGAAUCCAUCUAAGAUUUUGAAUGGGAAAUGGCAUCUGGCUUCUGAGAAAGGUAGUUAUGAAAUAGUCCAAGAUGCUGAUGAAGACAUAGCUGUUGAUAAGCUGCUAAGCAGCCCCCAUAAUGCCUCAAGGACUUGGGAGAAAAGAAUCCCUUUCACAAACAAGCACAGAAAGCAGAGUAGUCGCCCCAAAUUUUCUGAAAGUAGAAAUAGAUUUCUACAAGUAAGACAGGAUGGAGGAAACAGUGGAUUGAAGAAAAGCCCUUUUUUCAUUAAAACACGAAAAAAGAAAAAGGAAGAGAAGCUUACACACCAUAUUCCUCUAUCUCCAAGGGGCUUUCACCCUCUAAGAAAGGCUAAUACCACAUUUUCAGAUAGGAGACUUGAUCAUUCAUUGUUACUCUAUAAACCCAAGGAACCAUAUUUUCUUCCCACAGACCUCAAUCAGACAUUCCCCUCUAUGAAUCUUAGCCUGAUAGCCUCACCUCCUAACCAUAAUCAGAAUCCCCCAAAUUACACCAGUCAGACAAGCUCCCCUUUAGAUCUUUAUCAGACAACAACCCCAGAAGAACACUAUCAAACAUUCCCUAUUCAAGACUCUGAUCAAAUGCACUCCACUACAGACUCUAGUCGUGGAUCUCUCCCAAAGCCUGCCCAGAUGCUCAACUAUGACCUAAGAAACAAGUCCUUCUCUACUGACAUUGCUCAGAGGUUCCCUUCCUCAGAACCUGAAGUCUGGAAGACAACCAUCUCUGCAGAUCUCGGUCAACCAACCCUUUCCUCAGACCUAGGCCAGAUGCCCCUUUCCCCAGACCUCGGCCAGACAACCCUUUCCUCAGACCUCGGCCAUACAUCCCUUUCCUCAGACCUUGGCCAGGCAGCCCUUUCCCCAGACCACAGCCAGACCGCCGUUUCCCCAGAUUUUGGCCAGAUGCCCCUUUCCCCAGACCAUGGCCAGGCAGCCCUUUCCCCAGACCAUGGCCAUACAACCCUUUCCCCAGACCAUAGCCAGAUGCCCCUUUCCUCAGACCAUGGCCAGGCAUCCCUUUCCCCAGACCACGGCCAGGCAGCCCUUUUCCCAGACCACAGCCAGACAGCCAUUUCCCCAGAUUUUGGCCAGAUGCCCCUUUCCCCAGACCAUGGCCAGGCAGCCCUUUCCCCAGACCAUGGCCAUACAACCCUUUCUCCAGACCACGACCAGGCAUCCCUUUCCCCAGACCAUGGCCAGGCAGCACUUUCCCCAGACCAUGGCCAGGCAGCCCUUUCCCCAGACCAUGGCCAUACAACCCUUUCUCCAGACCACGACCAGGCAGCCCUUUCCCCAGACCACGACCAGGCAGCCCUUUCCCCAGACCACGGCCAGGCAUCCCUUUCCCCAGACCAUGGCCAGGCAGCCCUUUCCCCAGAUCACGGCCAUACAGCUCUUUCCCCAGACCAUGGCCAGAUGCCCCUUUCCUCAGACCAUGGCCAGGCAGCCCUUUCCCCAGACCACAGCCAGACAGCCAUUUCCCCAGAUUUUGGCCAGAUGCCUUUUUCCCCAGACCAUGGCCAGGCAGCCCUUUCCCCAGACCAUGGCCAUACAACCCUUUCCCCAGACCACGACCAGGCAGCCCUUUCCCCAGACCAUGGCCAGAUGCCCCUUUCCCCAGACCAUGGCCAGGCAGCUCUUUCCCCAGAUCAUGACCAGGCAGCCCUUUCCCCAGACCAUGGCCAGACAGCCAUUUCCCCAGAUCUUGGCCAGAUGCCCCUUUCCCCAGACCUCAGCCAGGAGCCUCUCUUAUCAGACCUCAGCCAGAUGACCCUUUCUCCAGACCUCAGCCAGAUAGAUCUUUCCCCAGACCACAGUGAGAUAACCAUUUCCCCAGAUCUCAUAAAUAUAAACCUUUCCCCAGACCUCAGCCAGGAGACUCUCUCAUCAGAUGUCAGCCAAACGACCUUUUCUCCAGAUAUCAGCCAGACAACACUUUCUCAAGACCUUGGUCAGAUACCCCUUUCCCCAGACCUCAGCCAGGAGACUCUCUCUCCAGACAUUAGUCAAACAGCCCUUCCUCCUGAUCUCAGGCAGAAAUCACCUCCUUUAGAUCUUGGUCAGACAUCCAACACCUCUGAAUCCAGUCAUUCGUUGCUUCUUCCAGAAUUUGGUCAGAUUUCUCAUUCUCCAGACCUCGGUCAGGCGCCAUCUCCUGCACUAUCUUCUACCCUAAAUAACACUUUUAUACCAAAGGAACUUAACCCACCAGUUGUAAUAGGCCUCAGUGGAAAUGAUGGGGAUUACAUUGAGAUUAUUCCAAGGCAGAAGGAAGAGAGAAGUGAAGAAAUCAUUGAUGACAUUGAUUACGUGCCCUAUGAUGACCCUUAUCAAACUGAUGUUAGGACAGACAUUAACUCUUCCAGAAAUCCUGACAGCAUUGCAGCAUGGUACCUCCGCAGCAACAAUGGAAACAAGAAAUAUUAUUACAUUGCUGCUGAAGAAAUCUCCUGGGAUUAUUCAAAAUUUGCUCAAAGUGAAAUAGAUAAUGAAGACAUUGAGGAUGUUCCGGAGAACACUGUGUACAAGAAAGUGGUGUUUCGAAAGUAUCUUGAUAGCACUUUUACCAAACGUGAUCCGAUAGGGGAGCUUGAAGAGCAUCUUGGCAUUCUUGGUCCUGUUAUUAGAGCUGAAGUGGAUGAUGUCAUCCAAGUUCGUUUUAAAAAUUUAGCAUCCAGACCAUAUUCUCUUCACGCCCAUGGGCUUUCCUAUGAAAAGUCAUCAGAGGGGAAGUCUUAUGAAGAUGAUUCUCCAGAAUGGUUUAAGGAAGAUAAUGCUGUUCGGCCAAACAGCAGUUAUACGUAUGUAUGGCACGCUACUCCGCGGUCGGGGCCGGAAAAUCCCGGGUCGGCCUGCCGAGCUUGGGCCUACUACUCAGCAGUGAACCCGGAAAAAGAUAUCCAUUCUGGCUUGAUAGGUCCCCUUCUGAUCUGCCAAAAAGGAGUACUUCAUAAGGAGAGCAACACGCCCAUGGACAUGAGAGAAUUUGUCUUUCUCUUUAUGGUCUUUGACGAAAGGAAGAGCUGGUACUAUGAAAAGAAAGCACAGUCUCCCAGGGCUUGGAGACUGGGAUCCUCCGAAGGACAAACCUCCCACGAGUUUCAUGCCAUUAAUGGGAUGAUCUACAGCUUACCUGGCCUGAGAAUGUACGAGCAAGAGUGGGUGAGGCUGCACCUGCUGAACAUGGGCAGCUCUCGAGACAUUCAUGUGGUUCACUUUCACGGCCAGACCUUGCUGGAAAACGGCACUCAACAGCACCAGCUAGGGGUCUGGCCCCUUCUGCCUGGUUCAUUUAAAACUCUUGAAAUGAAGGCAUCAAAAUCUGGUUGGUGGCUCCUCGACACAGAGAUUGGAGAAAACCAGAGAGCUGGGAUGCAGACACCGUUUCUCAUCAUAGACAGAGAAUGUAAGAUGCCAAUGGGACUAAGCACUGGUAUCAUAGCUGAUUCACAGAUCAAGGCUUCUGGGCAUUGGGGUUAUUGGGAGCCCAAAUUAGCAAGAUUAAACAAUGGUGGAUCAUAUAAUGCUUGGGUCACAGAAAAGCUUUCACAAGAUCACCCUAAACCUUGGAUCCAGGUGGACAUGCAGAGGGAAGUCGUAUUCACAGGGAUCCAGACCCAAGGUGCCAAACACUAUCUGAAGUCAUACUACACCAUAGAGUUCUACGUGUCCUAUAGCUCUGACCAGACAAACUGGCAGAUCUUCAAAGGGAACAGCACAAGGAACGUGAUGUGUUUUGAUGGCAAUUCAGAUGCCACUACAAUAAAAGAGAAUCAGUUUGACCCGCCUAUUGUGGCUAGAUAUAUUAGGAUCUCUCCAAUCAGAUCCUACAACAGACCCGCCCUGCGCUUGGAGCUACACGGCUGUGAGCUUAACGGAUGCUCCACACCGCUGGGUAUGGAAAGUGGAAGGAUAGAAAACAAGCAAAUCACAGCUUCUUCGUUUAAAAAAUCUUGGUGGGGAGAUUACUGGGAACCCUUCCGUGCCCGUCUCAAUGCCCAGGGCCGUGUGAAUGCCUGGCAAGCCAAGGCAAACAAUAACAAGCAGUGGUUACAAAUUGACCUGCUCAAAAUCAAGAAAAUAACUGCAAUUGUAACCCAGGGCUGCAAGUCUCUGUCCUCGGAAAUGUACGUCAAGAGCUACACCAUCCACUACAGCGACCAGGGAGUGGAUUGGAAACCUUACAGGCAGAAAUCCUCCAUGGCGGACGAGAUUUUCGAAGGAAAUAAUAAUAUCAAAGGACACGUGAAGAAUUUUUUCAACCCACCAAUUAUCUCCAGGUUUAUCCGCAUCAUUCCUAAAACGUGGAACCAAAGUAUUGCACUGCGCUUGGAGCUCUUUGGCUGUGACAUUUACUAGAGUUGAAUAUUCAAAGACAUGGGAAGCGCUCUUAAAGAUAUGGAGCCAUUUAGAGAGGGCAAUGUAUUUUAUAGCUAGUUUAAAUAUUAAUAGUUUGCAUUGUUUCCCUUUUUUCUAUUAGAUAAUAAAAUUUUAUAUAUGAAACUUUCAUAAUGUAACUCCGUGCUACAAUUCGGUGAGAUGAUGGCUAUUAUUUAUUCAGAUGUGUGGGAAAUAUCAAGAACCAACAAGGAAAUGGCUUAUCUUUCACAAUGAUUAAAAAUGCUAUAUCAAGUAA